GCUAUGCAGCAUCGCGUCGCCGGCAGCAUCCCGCUGUAUGACCUCAGAGCAAGGUUCACAGAGGCACUCGUGGGGCUGCAUCCGGUUAGUGCAUUUAAAUACGGGUGUUGUCGAACGUUGACAAUAUACCUCUGUAGCUACUUGUGAAACCUCUUCUGACGCCGCUGUUCGUCCUUGAAUCGCGCGACGGCGAUAACUCCGGAUGCGACUCUUCGUUUCUUGUAGUCGUGCCAUACGCCCUGCGCUGCUUUAAUCUCUCAAAUUUAUCACCUCAGAGUGAUAGCACGCAAAACUCAGAUGGGGAAUCAACUCUCAUUGCGGAAUGUACGGCUAAGUACACCCUAUGUGGCGUGGACAUCGACUCGGAGCGUGCCACAGAGCAGAGAAAUGAUUCGCCAGCUAGCACCGAGCAGCAGCUCUCAGCUACUCCCAUGAGACCUGAAUCAUUAUGGUCUUCCGGGGAGGCUACCGGCCAAGGGGAAGAUGAACGUGCCACUCGCGACUCUACCGCAAUUAUAAGUAGGGAAAACCUUCAGCUCGAUAUCCAUGAAGAACAAGAGCCCAAUGUCGCCUUCCCAAAAUACGACCGCCGUGAGCCAGAGUGCCUACUUUCGUGGCAUCACUCUGGUAUGUACCUUACCCGAGAAUCACCCGAGACGAAAAGUUCGUAUGCGAUCCCUUCCACUCUCCCCCCAGACACGACCGCUGUGCGCCUUCCGGGCAUGCAAUCGCGUUUUCUGGUGAAGCAUGUAUCUCUGGUGGUUGAAGUGCCUGCCUACAUCGACGACGAUCAUUCUCCACUUAUAGACGCAGGGGGUGUAAAUGCACAGUUCACAGGAGCCGCGAUUGGCGACGCAUGGGCCGGUUACGACGACGAUCGACAUCACCUGUCUCAGGCCCUCCGCCUCGAGCCCCACUCAUCGUCACGUCACAUCGUGCCACAUAGAGAGCUCAUCCCGCGCGCUCAGGAAUUCUCUAUGUCCUCUCCAGUCCUCGGUUCUUAUGUCAUGCCCGGAGUGUCUUCAGAACGAACUACCCUAUCCCAACCAAAUUUCCAACAUCUUCCAAAUAUUAACACAUCUGUGCUCCGGCGAUCGCCAAUACCUGCCUUCGCACCCUCCCGAAGCCAGUCAUUUACAGUCUACCUGG